CUUUGCUCUCUCUUAUACAUCACGGUGUUAACAUAAGACACCACCACGCCCACGCCCUCGGCGACCCACCACUGACGCGAUCCAAGGCAAUGGACCGAGACGACCUGAAGAGAGGUAGAGAAGAGCAGGAAGAGAGAGGAGGAGCCGGCGUCACACCAGCGGUUGUGUCGAAGAAGAAAAAGAAGAAGAAGAAGAAGAAGAAGAAGGGGAAGAGGAACGAGACGGCGGAGGGCGUCUCCGAGAGCUGCCGGGUAGGCACCGUCGACGUGUUCCGCCCGCCGGGGCUCUUCGAGUUCCCGUGGCAAAAGGGCGAGCGCCUGCUGGUGCCGGAGCCCGACGGCUGGGACCUCCGCGACGUCUUCUUCUCGUCCCUCGUCGAUGGUUGCUCCGCCGCCAUCGGGGUUCCCGGCGACCGGCUUUCUCCCGCCGCCCGACACCCGUUCGUCCUUCUCGAGGAGCCGUCCGACGGGGAGGUGGACAGCGGCGUGGAUUGCAUCUGGAGCUCCGUCCUCCGCCAGCCACUGUCCAUGUACAGGAAAAGCUACACCGCGUGA